AUGCUAUGGAGCCGACUCGUACAGCCUGCGAGGGUCUAUGCCCGACAGGGCCUGCCAAGAUCUCUCAAGAUGAACAGCCGCGUUGUGAUGCAUAUACCCAAGCGGUUUAACUCAGACCCCCGGGACACUGGUCAAAUAACUCCAGACCCCACUGAUCAGAAUGAUUCGGAUGAGGGUAAGGGUAGGAGCAAGGGUCAGAACCGGAACGGCGACUCAGACCCAAGCUUCAAAUCUACGAUUCUCAAGAUGCUUGAAACUGCGGCAACCACAGCGGCAUCAAUUGCCAUUCUAGGUGCGGCGGGUUACGGUUAUCACCAAUACUAUAAGUGGUUGAUCUUGGACAAGAUGGACAAUGCAUUCAAUCCAGGUGAUCCAGCCCUUGAGGUCGCGGGCGUUGUUUCUGGAAAACACAAGUACCGCCAUGAGGAACAUUGGGUCGUUCGCAAUGAGCAACCCAAAGUUGACGAUAUUGUAGCCGGGCGACAAAGUGGCCACUACUAUCUAAUGGUUGGUGAAAAGGGAACGGGCAAGACCUCGAUGCUUUUAGAGGCCAUGCGCAAGAUCAAUGGUAACAGCUGUGCGUUAUUCGAAGCGCAUGCUGAUCUCGAAAUAUUCCGAAUCCGACUAGGCAAAGCUUUGGACUACGAGUUCCACGAGGAUUAUAUCGGCAGCCUUUUCAGCAUCCGUGGACCAAGAGACACCACGGCUCUCUUGGACAUUGAGCGCGCCUUCAACAAGUUGGAGAAAGUGGCUCUUAUCAGAAGGCGGAAUGGAUCGACUCCUCUCGUGCUGAUCAUCAACAGUACCCAUUUACUCCGAGACGACCACGACGGACAGGAUUUGCUUGAGAUGAUUCAGCAGCGUGCUGAGCAAUGGGCUGCUAGUGGUCUCGUCACAACGAUUCUUAACAGCGAUGACUAUUGGGUCUACGAGCGCUUGAAGCGUUAUGCAACCCGCAUGGAAGUCAUUCCCGUGACAGAUUUGCCCAAGGACAAAGCGAUGAAGGCCCUGAAGAAAUAUCGCCAACAAUUCCACAACGAAACACUUCCAUCUGCGACUCUCGAGCAAGUGUACGAUAAAGUCGGUGGUCGACUAUCCUUCUUGAACCGCGUGGCCAAGUCUUCGGAUGUUAUGAAGACUUGCGAUGAGAUCUGUUUGGCCGAGAAAACAUGGUUCCUAAACAAGUGCUGGAUCCUCGGAAAGGAGAUGGACGACGAUGUGAUGGACCAGCAGAAGUAUGCCUCUGGCGCUGUGGUCCUGGCGAAAGCGCUGGUAGACCUUGAGAAAGAAAUGGAAUCAAGCUAUCAUCAAGAGGAAGGCCACAUCCUACCAGAAAUUCCGCUCCAUAAAGCGCGCGAGAUCAUGACCCGUGCCGACUUUAUCCAAUCUUACGAUCACGAAAACAUCUUCACAAUUAACUCGCGCGCCAUGGUACGUGCCGAUUCAGUACCCAUGCAGCGUGCUUUCCAAGAAAUCUGCGCAUUAGAAAAUUUCGACAAGCACUUGGAUGGUACCAUCGAACGCAUUGGAGACAUUGAGAGUCUUGGCCGUACUCGCGAACUGACUAUCAAAGAUCUCUGGAACAAUGGCAAGUAUCGUGUCGUUGUACGUGACAACCACGGACGAGAGAGUGGGACUGUUGAAUUUGCUGUGGCAGAACGCGAAGAUGAAGAUUAA